GGAACCAAACAAAGAAAUAAGGAGCCGAGCAGGGAGGGAGGCCGCGCUGCAGCGGGCGAAAAGGAGAUGUGCUCCAGGCUAUGGGCCUGACCCUCCUUUGUGACAGUUCUACAUGUGACCCUCUCUGUGACAGUUUAACACUGCUGGAAACUUGGGCCAGUCCCCGCCUAGGAUCACUGGAUAAGGCACCGCUAUCAGCUGAACGUGAUGUUUGUGGGAGGGCCAAACCAAAGAAAAGAUUAUCACAUUGAAGAGGGAGAAGAGUUGUUUUAUCAAGUGGAAGGAGACAUGUGUCUGAAGAUAAUAGAAAAUGGAAACCAUAAAGAUAUCUUUAUCAGAGAAGGGGAGAUGUUUCUCCUACCUGCCAGGAUACCGCAUUCUCCUCAAAGAUACACAAACACUGUUGGACUCGUGAUUGAGAGAAAAAGGUUAAAGACAGAAACAGAUGGACUCAGAUAUUAUGUUGAAGAAUCUACAAAUGUCCUCUUUGAAAGAUGGUUUUAUUGUGAAGAUCUUGGUAUACAGCUAACACCAAUAAUACAAGAGUUUUUCAGCUCAAGUCAGUAUCGCACUGGAAAACCAAAUCCAGAUGAACUCCUGAAAGUCACACCUUUCCCACUAAAUGCCACUGCAGUCAUGGAUCCAUUUUCCUUCCAAGACUGGCUAAAUGAUCACCGUAGAGAAAUAAAUCAAAAAAAGUCCUUGAGUAUCUUUGGAGACAACUUUGAAACACAGGCUGUAGUUCACGGGCCAGGAGUAAGUGAAGGAAACCAGAAGAAUGCGGAUAUCUGGAUAUGGCAAUUGGAAAGCACAUCUGCUGUUGCUAUGGAUGGUAAAACCUUGACUCUGACUGCUGGUGAUAGCUUGCUGAUCCCUGCUCAGUCUACGUACCAUUGGAAGAGACCAGAAGGAUGCCUUGCUCUUUAUAUUGCACAGGAUCCAACACGCAAGAGACCUUAUGCUUAACUUGUGAAAUUGAACAAUGGUGAUCAGAAAUGUUAGUGCACAAAGAUCAUUUUAAAGAUGCUGACAAUAGGACAUCUCCAAAUCUAUAUCAAAGUUCUCAUUAAAAGUUUUCAUUGAAAUUUAUGUUUCAUCAGUAAGUUCAAAUAACUUUAAAAAUCAAGUGAGCAGCAUGAAAAUCUAUAGCUGAUGAGCUAUUUUGGUAAAAAUGCAGAAUAUUCAUUAUUCCAAAACAAUGUAAAACUGAUCUAAGUAAUAGACUCCAAUAUGCAGAAUUAUAUACUUGAUCCUAGCUAUAGCAAAUCAGACUUUUCUGAAUAGGAGUCCUGGGUAAACCUUAUGGAUGUUACUGAUAUAACUACUACUGACUGCUUGCUACUCAGCAGAAAAAGGAUCAUUUUAAAGCUAAAACACUAACUGGAGAGCUCUUUAAAACUGGGUUCUAUUCCCAACUAUGCCACCGACACUCUGGCAAGGG